CUCCUCCUUCACCGGAAACAGUAGUUCUCUGACGUCGGGAGGGGGAAGGCGUUGCGGUGACUGGAGCUGGAGAACGGACGAAGGGGAUGCAAGAUGGCGGACCUCGAAGAUGUUACGCUAGACGGGAGACCGCUUCAUUCGCUUCGUGUGGCGGAUCUUAAAGCUGCCUUAGAGGAAAGAGGCCUGUCUAAGAGUGGACAGAAGAAUGCCCUUGUCAAACGAUUAAAGGGGGCUCUGAUGCUGGAGAACCUUCAGAAGACCUCCACGCAUCACAUAGGACUCCAACCAAACUCUCAGAUAGGAGAGGAGAUGAGUCAGAACAGCUUCAUCAAACAGUACCUGGCCAAGCAACAGGAGCUCCUCAGGCAGCGCUUGGAGAGAGAGGCUAGAGAGGCUGCAGAGACAGACGGCGCAGACCAAGAUGACCAAAGGGAGACCAGUGAUGGCUCUGCCUGUCCUGGCCCAAACCAGAGUUUAGACUCUGGCUCCACCUCAACCUUCCCUCUCCUGACGUCUCUCCACCAGGAUGUCGCCCCUGAUUUAGUUGACCAGCACAAAAGUCUGGCUUCUCCGGUGGGCGAGAGCUUUGGGGUCUCGGCAGGCGAGGCAAACGCGGACGGCACCAGGGAGAGGGAAGCGCCGACGGGGCCCCAGUCCUCGUCUGCCCCCGUGCCUCUGCCCACCUCCGUGGCUGCCCUGUCCGUGCGUGUGGUGGGGGGCGACAAAGGCCCAUCCUCCAGCCGCGCUCCCGCAGACAGUGACGAGGAAAGCGAGGGGGGAGAAGACGAGGAGGAAGACGAUGACGACGACUGGGAUGCGAAUGCGCGGCAGAGGAAUCGAGGGGAGCAGCAGCAGCUGCCACCCAGGGCCCAGCUGGCCAGAGAGAGGUCUGGGGGCUCCCGGCAGCCUCCGCAGCACAUUCCCCCGCUGCUGUCGCCCCAGCUGCGCCAGCCCACGCCACCGCCCUCACCUCCCCCAGAGCUCUCCUUCCCCCUGCCAGACACUCCCAAACAGAGCCCCCCCAGUCCCGAAGAAGAGCCUCCGUCCAGGCAGCGCACCAGCAGCACGUCCAGCUCUGGUAGCUCCAGCAGCGGCAGCCGCAGUAGUAGCCCCGAGCCACAGAGCGGCGCCACAGAUCGCCGACCCGGCCCCCUGUCACUGCUUGUGCGCAAGAUGGAGUCCGAGGGAGCCUUCUCAGGAGUUGUCAGACGAGGGCGUGACGAACCCCAGGGGCGGGAAGAUGUUGCAGCGAGUGCCGCCAUGUUUCCUGGCAGAGGUCACCAGGACGGGGCCGUGUCCGCCAUCACUCACACUGCAAAUGCCUCAGCAGCUCUGGGCUAUCCAGGAUCGAUCUCUGUCAUUGGAGGCCCUCACGUUCACAGCCAGGGCCCAGUCAGUGUCGUCCGCACCACUAUGGAAGAAAGGGAUUCACUGAAGCAGGACCACGAGCCCCAGCUUCCUUGGCAGAGGGAAAACGAAGACAGAGGGAGGCAGUGGGAGAGGGAGCAAGAGAGGCUAAAAGCACUCGAGAAGGAGAGAGAGGAGAGGAAAGUUCUGGAACUCGAAAGGGAGAGAGCCAUGGCCCAAGAAAGAGAGGCGAGGGAGAGAGAACAAGCAUUGGAGAGAGAGAGACUGGAAAAAGAGCAAUUGGAGAGGGAGCAAGCUUUAGAAAGAGAGAGAUUGGAGAGGGAGAGACAACAAGCUUUGGAGAGGGAUAGAAUGGAGAGGGAGAGACAACAAGCUUUGGAGAGGGAGAGACAACAGGCUUUGGAGAGGGAUAGAUUGGAGAGGGAGAGACAACAGGCCCUAGAGAAGGAGCGCCUGGAAAGAGAAAGACAAGAGCGAGAACAGGCUUUGGAGAGAGAGCGGCUUGAAAGAGAAAGAAUGGAACAAGAGAGGUUGGAGAGGGAGCGACAGGAGAGGGAGCAAUCUCUGGAGCGCGAGAGGCUUGAAAGAGAAAAGGUUUUAGAGAGAGAGAGGCUGGAGAGAGAGAGGCUGGAGAGAGAGAGGCUGGAGAGGGAGAGACUGGAGAGGGAGAGACUGGAGAGGCUUGAGAGAGAACAACAGGAGAGGGAGAGGUUGGAGAGAGAACGACUGGAGCGGGAGAGACUAGAACAAGAGCGCCAGGAGAAAGAGAGAUUAGAGAGAGAGCAUCUGGAGAGAGCGCGGUUGCAGAGGGAGAGACUUGAGAAAGAACGACAGGAGAAAGAGACGAUGGAAAGAGAGCUAGCCCUGGCGAGAGAAAGAUUGGAGAAGGAACGGCUGGAUAGGGAAAGAAAAGAAAGGGAACAAGCUUUUGAAAGGGAGAGACAGGAGCAAGCUCUGGAACGAGAGAGACUGGAGAAAUUAAAAGCCAUCGAGCGAGAGGAAAAAGAGCGUGUACAGAGAGAACAAGCACGGGAGAGGGAGGAAGAUCUGGAAAGGGAAAGGGCACUUGAGGAGAAGAGGCGGCUCGUGGAGCAAAAAGAGCGUGCUUUAGAGCUCGAGAGAGAGGAGAGGAAGGCUGCCCUGGAGCAAGAGAGGCUGAAAGCAGCUGAGCGAGAGAGGGAGGAGAGGGCAAAAGCCUUGGAGCGAGAGAAGGAGGAGAGGGCAAAAGCCUUGGAGCGAGAGAAGGAGGAGAGGGAAAAAGCCUUGGAGCAAGAGAGGGAGGAGAGGGGGAAAGCCUUGGAGCGAGAGAGGGAGGAGCGGGAAAAGAUGCUAGAGAAGGAGAGGGAGAGCCGUCUGCCUCCUUGGAAACGUGGGCGUGAUAUUGGGGGCUUUUCCCAUUCACCUGCCCCCCAGCUCAGUGCGCCUGGUAAGACUGCUGUGACAGAAGAAAAGGAUGCAGAGAGCAAGGAGCCGUUGGGUCCCUCACAGCACGCCGGAGUCUUUCCGUCAAAAUCCCCCCCAGUCCCUACGCCCCUGUCUCCCCAGUCUUCCUCCAAGAAGUUCCGUUUCCUGAGAGAUGCCCCUGUGCUCUCUCCUCCUCCCUCUGCCACCUCUGUGGUCAAGGCGCCCCGCACCUUUUCAGACAGCCCCUUCCCCCAAGCCCCUUCACCCCUUCACUCCCCGACCAAAGCAGGCCAGGAGGAAGGAGCACCUCUGGGUCUUCAGAUACCCGGCGGGCUGGGCUCCCCUCAGAAGCUACUCAGACAGGGUGUGCUCGUCUCACGAUCCCACGGAUCCAACCGGCAUGAGGGUGAACCCACAGGGACGGCCCCGCGUAUCCAGGUUACGGAGGGGAAAGAGGAGAAGCCCGAAUUGAGAGAUGUUCGUCAAGAAGAGGAGGACAGUAAGCCAGGUCAGGGGAAGCAGUCCACCCAAGCAGUGGAUACCCACAAAGCAAGGGAGGAAAAGAAGACCCCUGCACCGGUUCUACCCCCUUCUCCGCCACCAGAGGAGGCUGAUGCGUCAAGAGAGAAGGGGAAGAAGAAAGAAGAGAAGAGGAGGAGGGACUCCUCUUCAUCCAGCAACUCGGGUUCAUCUGAUUCCGACUCUGGUUCCUCCUCCUCGUCACGCUCUUCAGGCUCAUCCUCACAGGAAAAAAGCCGCUCCUCUUCCGCUUGUAAGAGGUCUGAUGCCCCUCAGAAGGAGUCUACAAAUGAGGCAAAGGCUCACAAGCCUGAGAGCCUGAGUGACACACCGGCCACCCCAGCACGCAAGCGACGGGGACGUGUCCAGGAAGAGGAGAAGACCGUCAGUGAUGAGGACAUGAGCAAGAGCAAGAAGCCCAGUCCAGAAAGAAAACCAGAGGAGAAGAAACCAGAGAAGAGGGAAGAAAAUGAAGGACAGGAGAUGAAGAACAAAGAUGCAAUCAGCGAGGUGAAGGAGCCAAUCAUGGAGGAGCCUGAGAAGGCUCCAGAGACCAGCGAGGAGAGCGCCACACCAAAAGCUUUCGCCACCCGCAGGAUAUCCAUCACUAACAAGCCGUCCCCGGCUGUGGUGAGCGCAGAGACUGAGGCGGAGAAUGCCGCUGGGGCCAAUCGCAAGAGGAGAUGGGGCUCGAGCACAGCCGUCACUGCCAAGAAGCCAUCAAUCAGCAUCACCACAGACUCACUGAAGUCUCUGAUCCCAGAUAUCCGGCCGAGCCUGGGCCAGGAGGCGGUGCUGGACCUGCACCCGGAGGAGACACCUCUGUCUGGGGAAGAGGAGGGAGGAGACCGGGGAGAUCAGGACCUGAAGAUCAGACGCACAGUCACACAGGUGGUUCCCUCUGAGACACAGGAGAAUGGACAGAAGCAGUCAAAGAGGAGUGAGCAGGAGGAUGAAGAUGAGGACGAGGAUGAAGUGGCAGAGGGCAAAGAGCACAUGAGCCAGGAAGAGAAGAUGGACACUUCUUUCCAGGUUGCAAUGGGGACUACGCAGUCUCCCUCACCUGGCCACGAUGCAGACAUGAAGACGGUAAUGCCCAGUGAAACACUUGUCCGCCGUUCCAUAAGCCAGCAGAAGUCUGGAGUGAGCAUCACCAUCGACGACCCAGUCCGCGCUGCAAAGCAGCCCUCCCCACCGCGGAGCAAAGUCUCCAACAUCAUCCACAUCUCCAAUUUGGUGCGGCCGUUCACCCUGGGCCAGCUGAAGGAGCUGCUCCACCGCACUGGCACCGUCCUGGAGGAGAGCUUCUGGAUCGACAAGAUCAAAUCCCACUGCUUCGUCACGUAUGCGAGUGUAGAGGAAGCUGUAGCCACACGCACUGCACUACACGGAGUAAAAUGGCCUCAGAGUAACCCCAAAUUCCUCUCAGUGGACUUCAGUCAACAGGAGGAGCUGGACUUCCACCGUGGCCUCCUUCUGACUGAGAGGGCCGGUGAGGAGGAUCGGGCGGUGGCUGCCGGCGGUCCUGGCGCGGGUGCCGGAGCGGCGGUAGCAGGAGCCCGAGCACGGGGUCCUGUCCCCCCUCCCCUCUUGCCGGAGCGCGACCAGUGGGCAGAGCGCGAGCGGGAGAUGGAGCGGCGGGAGCGGACGCGUGCCGAGCGGGAGUGGGACCGGGACAAGGUGCGUGACUUCAGCCGCCCCGGCGAGGAGAGAGAGGCCGGGGCCCGACGGUCACGUUCCCGUGAGAAGAGGCGCAAGGAGCGCGGCAAGAGCAAGGAGAGGAAGACCGACAAGAAAGAAAAAGCGCCAGAAGAGCCCCCAGCCAAACUGCUGGAUGACCUGUUCUGCAAAACCAAAGCAGCCCCUUGUAUAUACUGGCUCCCCCUCACAGAUGAACACGCUGCUCAGAGAGACGCGGCGCGGGCAGAGCGCAUGAAGGAGCGCGAGAAGAGGAGGAAGGAGAUGGAGCAGGAGGAGGAACAGGGGAAGAAGCAGCAAGAGGUGGAGCGCCGGGACCGGACAAAGCCAGGAGGAGGAGCAGAAGCAACAGUAGUAGCAGCAGCAGCAGCAGCAGGAGGAGGAGGAGGAGGUGGUGGUGAUGGCGGUGAUGCCGUUACUGGCGGUGGUGGCGAGAGAGACAGGGACAGGGACAGAGACAGGGAGCGUGAGAGAGAGCGCGAGCGUGGUAGGGAUAGAGACCGGGAAAGGGACAGAGAGGUAGACAAGCGGAGAGAUGGCUACCGCCGGCCCACCGGGACCAGCGGAGGAGGAGGAGGAGGAGGAGGAGGACGAGGAGGCAGCAGCAGGAGGUCCCGCAGCCGUAGCGGCCCCCCACCUAGAGACAGACGACGCUAAAGGAAAACCAGCCUGUAGCUCCCCCACCUGUCGACGUGCUGACACACCCCGCACCUCCCUCUGAGGACCAACCGAUUCCACUCCACGAGUAAUCACACACGUAUAUAUAUACACACACACACACACACACCCACAUAUAUAUACACACACAGACAACAUUGGGACCAUGCUCUGGAUGGUGCGGUGUCUUUCACUUUCGACUACCAUCUCAGUCUGUCCAGUCUGAGGGCGGGACUCCUAGUGUUCAUUCUACCUUUCAGUGUUUAUUGGCCUUUUGGUGUUAGUGGGGUUGACUUGGAUGCUCGCACCCCCCUAUCCCCCCUAUCCCCCCCACCCCUACCCCUCGUAUGCUAAAUCUCCAUGGCUUCUCAGACACAGUGUUUUAAAGCCCUCUUCCCAUGACCUCUCCCUUCCAUCUCUUCUCGUCUCUGCGGAGUAAUGUGCGCGCAUGCGUGUGCAUACACGUGUUUGCAUAAUUCUUCUCCUUCCUCUUUUCCCGACAGCAGGACGAGCUGUUUGUGUCGCAUCCUCUCGUGUCCCCUGAUGACGCCUCAUGUGGUCCUGGCCCCAAAAAAAGCUUUUGGUGUGUGUCGUCCCCAUUCGCGUCCUCCCUCUCCGACACUCUUUUCACCCUUCUCCUCUCUCUUUGCGCUUCCUUGGACACCCCUCCACCAUUGGCACGGCAUAGAUAAGGGGAAUGAGUUAUUAACUUCUACACACAACUGGUUUUAACAUAUUCAUUUAUUUCGUUUUGUUGUUUUUUUUUUUUAUCCUUAUUUUAUCGUUUUUAGUUUAAAUGCUGAAUUUGUUCUUGGUUUCUUUGUUUUUUAUUUUUGUUUACUCCUGUAAGUGCUGAAUGUACAAAUAAAGGUUAUGUUUAAGAACUGAAAAA